AUGACGGUAAGCGACGGCAAGACCACGUGCAGAAACUUCAAUAGCUCCACUGCACCUAAGCGUACCCAUGAUGUAGCCCUGUCUUACGGAGGGGGGCCAUAUAAUCGCCAGCUAUUCAAGUCGAUAUGCAGCAAGCUGAUAUCCUCACUCUUCUACAUAGAGCUGGACUCAGUGCCGGCAUUCUAUUCGUCACCGGAGGUCUGCACCAUUAUUAUCAGCUGUCGCGUCUCAGCCAGUAAUGCCCUACUUGAUUUGAUCUUCAAGCUUCAUCGUACGCAGGUCUACAUAUACUACCAAGGCGACGAGACAACACCAGCAAAAGGCCUCCUUUGUACCGCGAAGCAGGUGACAGAGUGCCGCAACAUGCAGCCUUUCCGCCGACAAGUUACUAUAUCAGCACUCUCACUACAAACCGCCAUUUCCGUACAAAUGGACGGCUUUGAUGGGAAGAAACAACACAUCAGUAACUGCCCAUAUCGAAUUGAGAAGUUGGUUCGGGACCAAGGCUUACUCGAUAUAUUUGGCAACAGCAGUCACACGGUGCCAAGCUCGCCACGUCAAAGCGGACUAGCCGAAGGCAAGGCUGAUUUAUAUGUUGAGGUCGACAGACUCAUUGAAACCUUAGAAACAUGCAAGGAGUAG